AAGGUAAAAUUACAAUACCCGUGUUAAGCCCCAAAGAAAUUUGAUAGUGUGGCACUCAAAAAUGUGUUGAAUAACAUUCUGACCAAGUCAAAUAACGUUUAUUGUGUGCAAGUGGCUCUGUAACUCGAAAGUGCAGCGAUUCAUUCUAAACGACUCAGACUGAGCAACAGUUGGCCCCAAACCACCGUUUUCAGUUGAGUUUCCACCGCGAUUUGGUGACGACGUGCCUUGUCUCGCGCCUCCGAGAAAUCCGCCAAGUAAAUACAUAGAUAAAUAUUUAACAAAACUUAUUUCAAUAUUGGGAAAAACUAGAACUAAAUCUAGUCUGCAAAGAAACCCAACAAGUGCAUAAAAGAGCUUACAAAACAAUUUUGAAUAGUCAGUAAAACCUGCAUUCAAGCUAGUUUUGCAUCACAGUGCAAAAAUAAACUUAAAUUGGAAGCGACAGAGAAAAUUCCCUAAAUCGUUUCUGCGUGUAAUCCUAAGGGGAAUCUUCAUGUUUUAAGUCGACAAUGAGCGCGGAGAGACAGCUCGAACAUCACAUUUGGAACAAUCAAAACUAUAUAAAGUGAAAUCUGAGAUGGACUGGUUACUAGCAACGCCGCAGUUGUACAGCGCGUUCUCCUCGCUGGGAUGCCUGGAGGGUGACACCUACGUGGUCAACCCCAAUGCCUUGGCCAUUCUGGAGGAGAUCAACUACAAGCUUACCUACGAGGACCAGACACUGCGCACCUUCCGCCGGGCCAUUGGGUUCGGGCAGAACGUGAGGUCCUCGCUGAUCCCGCUGCUGGAGAACGCGAAGGACGACGCGGUGCUGGAGUCGGUGAUCCGCAUCCUGGUCAACCUGACGGUGCCGGUGGAGUGCCUCUUCUCCGUGGACGUGAUGUACCGCACGGACGUGGGCCGGCACACGAUCUUCGAGCUGAACAAGCUGCUCUACACGAGCAAGGAGGCCUUCACCGAGGCGCGGAGCACCAAGAGCGUGGUGGAGUACAUGAAGCACAUCCUCGAGUCGGACUCGAAGCUGUCGCCGCACAAGUGCGACCAGAUCAACAACUGCCUGCUGCUGCUGCGCAACAUCCUGCACAUCCCGGAGACGCACUCGCACGGCGUGAUGCCCAUGAUGCAGUCGAUGCCGCACGGCAUCUCCAUGCAGAACACCAUCCUGUGGAACCUCUUCAUCCAGAGCAUCGACAAGCUGCUGCUCUACCUCAUGACCUGCCCCCAGCGAGCCUUCUGGGGCGUCACCAUAGUCCAGCUCAUCGCCCUCAUCUACAAGGACCAGCACGUGAGCACCCUGCAGAAGCUGCUCAACCUCUGGUUCGAGGCCUCCCUCUCCGAGAGCUCCGAGGACAACGAGAGCAACACCUCGCCUCCGAAGCAGGGCAGCGGCGACUCCAGCCCCAUGCUGACCUCCGACCCCACCUCCGACUCCUCCGACAACGGCAGCAAUGGACGUGGCAUGGGUGGCGGCAUGGGCAGCAAGCGGGAGGGCACCGAGGCCACCCUGCAGGAGGUGAGCCGCAAGGGCCAGGAGUACCAGAACGCCAUGGCCCGCGUCCCGGCCGACAAGCCCGACGGCUCCGAGGAGGCCUCCGACAUGACGGGCAACGAGAGCGAGCUUCCGGGAUCCCCGGAGCAGUCGCAGCCCGCCGGGGAGUCCAUGGACGACGGCGACUACGAGGACCAGCCGCGCAGCCAGGACGACGACGAGGAUGAAAACGAGGACGAGGCGGAGGACGAGGAGUAUCUGCGAAUGAGCACCCCCUCGGAGCCGCUGAACCUGACCCAACAACCAGCUGACACGGUCAACAACACUACCACAACACUCCCCAUUUCCAGUCCGACUGGCUGCCUGGGCAACGGCAACGAGCCGUUCAAACCCCCGCAUCCCCUCCCCCUGAGGGCAUCCACCUUGGCACAGGCACAGAUGCACCAGUUCAACGAGUCCUCCUCCUACGCGGCCCACGUGUCGGCGGUGAAGCUCGGCCAGAAGUCGCCGCACGCCGGCCAGCUCCAGCUGACGAAGGGCAAGUGCUGCCCGCAGAAGCGCGAGUGCCCCUCCUCGCAGUCGGAGCUAUCGGAUUGCGGUUACGGCACGCAGGUCGAGAACCAGGAGUCCAUCUCCACCUCCAGCAAUGACGACGACGGGCCGCAGGGCAAGCCGCAGCACCAGAAGCCACCCUGUAACACGAAACCGAGGAACAAGCCACGCACCAUUAUGUCACCCAUGGACAAGAAGGAGCUGCGCCGCAAGAAGCUGGUCAAGCGCAGCAAGAGCAGCCUCAUCAACAUGAAGGGUUUAGUCCAACACACGCCCACCGAUGACGACAUCUCCAAUCUGCUCAAAGAGUUCACCGUGGACUUCCUGCUCAAGGGGUACAACUAUCUGGUGGAGGAGCUCCACAUGCAACUCCUUUCCAAUGCGAACAAGAAGGUUCCAAUUGAUACGUCGCACUUCUUCUGGCUGGUGACGUAUUUCCUGAAGUUCGCCGCCCAGCUGGAGCUGGACAUGGAGCACAUAGACACGAUCCUCACCUACGACGUGCUGAGCUACCUGACCUACGAGGGAGUGACCCUCUGCGAGCAGCUGGAGCUGAACGCGCGCCAGGAGGGGAGCGACCUGAAGCCCUACCUGCGCCGGAUGCACCUGGUGGUGACGGCCAUCCGGGAGUUCCUGCAGGCCAUCGACACCUACAACAAGGUGACCCACCUGAACGAGGACGAUCGCGCCCACCUGAGGCAGCUCCAGCUGCAGAUCAGCGAGAUGUCCGACCUGCGGUGCCUCUUCGUGCUCCUCCUGCGGCGGUUCAACCCCAGCAUCCACUCCAAGCAGUACCUGCAGGACCUGGUGGUCACCAACCACAUACUCCUCCUGAUCCUGGACAGUUCGGCCAAGCUGGGAGGAUGCAAAUCGAUACGCCUGUCGGAGCACAUAACCCAGUUUGCUACCCUGGAGGUAAUGCACUACUACGGCAUCCUGCUGGAGGACUUCAGCAACAACGGAGAGUUCGUCAACGACUGCAUCUUCACCAUGAUGCAUCACAUAGGCGGGGAACUGGGUCAGAUUGGCGUUUUAUUUCAGCCAAUUAUCCUGAAGACCUACUCCAGAAUUUGGGAGGCGGACUACGAGCUGUGUGAUGACUGGUCUGAUCUCAUCGAGUAUGUCAUCCACAAGUUCAUGAACACUCCUCCGAAGUCUCCGCUCACAAUUCCCACAACUUCGUUGACUGAAAUGACCAAAGAACACAAUCAGGAGCACACCGUUUGCUCUUGGUCGCAGGAGGAAAUGGAUACCCUGUAUUGGUAUUAUGUACAGAGCAAGAAAAACAACGAUAUUGUGGGGAAAAUAGUUAAGCUCUUCAGCAACAAUGGCAACAAGCUUAAGACUCGGAUCUCCAUUAUCCAACAACUCUUGCAACAGGACAUUAUCACCUUGUUGGAGUACGAUGACUUGAUGAAAUUCGAGGACGCCGAGUACCAGAGAACUUUGCUGACCACGCCCACUUCCGGAACCACAGAGUCCGGAAUCGAGAUUAAGGAGUGUGCCUAUGGAAAGCCCUCAGAUGAUGUGCAGAUCCUGCUCGACCUGAUCAUCAAGGAGCACAAGUCGCAGCACCUGGUGUGGCUGCAGCGCAUCCUGAUCGAGUGCUGCUUCGUGAAGCUGACCCUGCGGAGCGGGCUGAAGCUGCCCGAGGGGGACCACAUCAUGGAGCCGGUGGCGUACCACUGCAUCUGCAAGCAGAAGUCCAUCCCGGUGGUGCAGUGGAACAACGAGCAGUCGACGACGAUGCUCUACCAGCCCUUCGUGCUGCUGCUCCACAAGCUGGGCAUCCAGCUGCCGGCGGACGCGGGCUCGAUCUUCGCCAGGAUCCCCGACUACUGGACCCCGGAGACGAUGUACGGACUGGCCAAGAAGCUGGGACCGCUGGACAAACUCGUCCUCAAGUUCGACCCCAGCGAGCUGGAGGAUGCCACCGCGGCGAGUCCCGCCCGCUACCACCUCACCGGACCCCGCAACUCGCUCAGCUCGGUGAGCAGCCUGGACGUGGACCUGGCCGAGCCGGAGGAGCUGGCCCUCAUCCCCGAGGUGGACGCCGCCGUGGAGCGGGCCCACGCCAUGGCCUCCACGCCCUCGCCCAGCGAGAUCUUCGCGGUGCCCAAGACCAAGCACUGCAACUCGAUCAUCAGAUAUACACCCGAUCCCACGCCCCCAGUUCCCAACUGGCUGCAGUUGGUUAUGCGCAGCAAAUGCAAUCAGCGCUCCGGUCCGUCUGGCGAUCCCAGCGAUUGCAAUGGAACCCCAUCCACAAUCGCGGAGGACGAUGGAUUGGGAAAGUCAGUGAGUGCCGCCACCUCGCAGGCGGCGAGCCCCUCGAUGAGCGGGGCCAACCCCACGACGACCAGGCUGGGGUGCCUCACCAUGCUGAACUCCUUCAUGGGCGGCCACAACGAGAACAGCAGCAGCUCCGGGUGCGGGGGCACCGUGUCCUCCCUCUCGAUGGUGGCCCUCAUGAGCACGGGGGCGCCGGGCGGGGGAGGAGUCGCCUCCCCACUCGACAUGGAGGUGGACGCCUCGAUGAAGUCCUCGUUCGAGCGACUGGAGGUCAACGGAUCGCACUUCUCGAGGGCCAACAACCUGGACCAGGAGUACAGUGCCAUGGUGGCAUCUGUGUACGAGAAGGAGAAGGAACUAAACAGCGACAAUGUGUCCAUAGCCUCCGACCUGACCAGAAUGUAUGUGAGCGAUGAGGAGGAGCGACUCGAGCGGGUGCCCCACUAUCAUUGAGGAUCUGUAUCUAAAUCCCGUGGCCCACCAGGUGAAACAUAUCUAGCUCUUACCUGCACCCAGCACAAUGAUUGUACAUUUAUGACCUCCAACUGCAAAGGAAUACCUGAUUAAUUAGCUACGCAUAAAGUGCAUUAUACGGUUAGAGAAUGUCUGAGCAGAGGUGAAGAGAAGUGCAUUAUAUACGUACUAUAUAUAGCUCAUACAGCUGUGAGGCUCCGUAGACUCUAUUCCAUAGUUAGGCAUAAGUUAACCCUAGAUUCCACCUGUAUUCUGUACACUUACCACAUGGGCAGUUCCUGGUUGAAUAGUGCAAAUAUAUACACAGAUAUACAUCUAUUUACACGAGUAAGAUCGAGGAGCGUCCGCAUCCGAAUCCAAAUCCAUCUGUAUGUAAUCCCUAGCCAUAAGUUACGCCUAGCAGAAAUAAAGCUUUUCCUGUAGCCGAAAGCCACAAA